GCCAGUUCCCCGCAAUGGAGUUCCCGGACCUCGGGGCGCACUGCUCCGAGCCGAGCUGUCAGCGCUUGGAUUUUCUGCCGCUCAAGUGCGACGCCUGCUCGGGCAUCUUCUGCGCAGACCAUGUGGCCUAUGCCCAGCAUCACUGUGGAUCUGCUUACCAAAAGGAUAUCCAGGUGCCGGUGUGUCCACUCUGUAAUGUGCCUGUGCCUGUGGCCAGAGGGGAGCCCCCUGACCGUGCUGUCGGGGAGCACAUUGACAGAGACUGUCGGUCGGAUCCCGCACAGCAAAAACGGAAGAUCUACACCAAUAAGUGUGAACGCUCUGGCUGCCGCCAGCGAGAAAUGAUGAAACUCACCUGCGAUCGCUGUGGCCGAAACUUCUGCAUUAAGCACCGUCAUCCGCUGGACCAUGAGUGCUCCGGGGAGGGACACCCGACCAGCCGGGCAGGGCUUGCUGCCCUUUCCAGAGCCCAAGGUCUGGCUGCUUCUACAAGCACCACCCCCAGCCCAAGUCAGACUGUGGCUUCAUCUACCUCUCCAAGCAGAGUCUCAACUCAGUCUCCAUCCCGGACAGCCCCUCCAGUGAUUGCUUUGCAGAAUGGCUUGAGUGAGGACGAGGCUUUGCAGCGAGCCCUGGAACUGUCACUGGCAGAGAUCAAGCCCCAGGUCCCUAGUUCUCAGGAGGAAGAAGACUUAGCGUUAGCACAAGCGCUGUCAGCCAGUGAAGCGGAAUACCGACAGCAGCAGGCCCAGAGCCGCAGCUUGAAGCCGUCUACCUGCAACCUGUGCUAG